CCUCAAAAGCGACAAAUCCUUAGCAACACAAACCCCGCGCAAUAGUUGCAUUAAAUAAGAAAGAUGGAGUCGCCUAUGCCGACCCCGAUUCAGGAUGAAUCGACUGUCAAGAAAGAAGAACCCACGACAUCCAAUGAUGUUGAAAUGACCGAUGCGCCAGAAGCAGAAGCCGAAGCAGCUGCUGCGAAGCCAGACACAAAAGUAACGGAAAUAGCCCCAGAGCCAGUUGGCUCCCUUGCGACGGCCCACGGUGUUACAAAGGAUGGAUAUACUGUUAUGAAUGAGGUGGUACACAAAUUGUCUGAAUAUCGCACUGAAGAGUAGGUCAACUGAGUCGGCGCAUUUAUUUUUUCAAAAGAUAUGCUAAUAUAGUAUUAGUGGUUACGACAUUUCACAGCUAUUUCAGCGCAUGCUCAACAAGAGGUUUCUACCAGACUACUUCGAGGUGAUUAAAGAACCUACUGCAUUUAGCACAGUUAGGGUAUGUAUUUCUUACCUAGAAAUGCGCACGAAUGAAUCUAAUGACACCUCGGUAGCAAAAAAUCCUUAAGAAACAAUACAAGAACUUUAGAGAAUUCGUCCGCGACUUCGCCCUUAUAUCACAUAAUGCGCAAGUUUACAACCGCCCGUCUGCAGCCGCAUAUCACGACGCCAUUGCGCUUAGAGAGUUGUUCAAGAAGGAAAUGCAACAAUUGGUAGAUGGAAAGGUUCUUACUGCGGAGGAAGUAGAGCUGCCUGAUCUUGGGGAGCUCCCACCUGUCGAAGAUUCACCACCACCGGGCCCGGAAGACGAAGAACAGGAGGAUGAUGACGAGGAUGAUGAAGAGGAUGAUGAGGAAGACGAUUCGGACGAUGACGGCGCAAAACGAAAGUACAAACGUAAAAAUCGACGUUCGAGCAUGAACAGGCGAGACGGGGGCGAUGAAACUGUAAAAGAGCCUGAAGAGCAGAAGAAGCGCGGUAGGCCACCUAAGGUGCAUACUCCAAUGGAAGCUCGCAUAAAUAAUAUCCUAAAAGGAUUAAGGAAAUUCAAAAAUCCUAGAGGAGAGCUCAAAAUUGCACCAUUCGAGAGACUGCCCGAUAAGACCAACAUGCCAGAAUAUUACCAGGAAGUUAAGGCUCCAAUGGCAAUGGAUCUUAUCAAAAGGCAGGCAAAGCGCAAGAAGUAUGAAACUGUGGGUGAAGUUCUUAAAGAUAUAGAGCUCAUGUUUGAUAAUGCCAAGGCAUUUAAUGAGGAGGAUAGUGAGGUAUACAACGAUGCAGUGUUCCUUCAAAAUGAAGCUAGGGCUCUUGCUGAACACGAGAAGAAUAGACCAGAUGAAGACUUUGCUUCCGAAGAUGGACGAAUUCCCCUGAAAGAAAUACUUUAUAAAGGCGAGGUGUGGAAGGUUGGCGACUGGAUCCACAUAAUUAAUCUUAACGAUGUUACGAAGCCAGUAGUUGGGCAAAUAUAUCGAACCUGGCGGGAUAUCGAAGGACAGGACUGGAUUAAUGCUUGUUGGUAUUUACGGCCUGAGCAGACAGUUCAUCGCUAUGACAAGCAUUUUUAUGAGAAUGAGGUCGUCAAGACUGGACGCUAUAUUGAUCAUAAGAUUGAUGAUGUUGUCGACCGUUGCUUUGUCAUGUUUUUUACAAGAUACUUCAAAGGACGUCCUCGUAAUUUCCCUGCAGACAAGGAGAUUUAUGUUUGUGAGGCGCGUUACAAUGAACAUGCAUUCAAGCUCAACAAAAUCAAAACCUGGGCUAGCUGUGUACCAGACGAAGUGAGGGAGAAAGAUUAUGAAAUGGACCUCUUUGACACUCCAAGGCCUAUGAAAAAGUUUCCAAGCCCGAUUAAGCAUCUACUUCGUGAUGAUGCGACAGAACAUGACGAAACACCAAAGCCUACACUUGGCGUAAAAGGGGCGCCUCCUAUUGUCGGAGCUGUGCAUAAACUGCCUCGUGCCGAAAAUGUAAGUGUUAUCCCUUAAGAUGUGCCAGUCUGCAUAUUCUAACAUUAUAAAGGACUCUCCUCCACCAUCGCCCACUCCACCUCUGACAUCUCCUCUACCAAAUCCGGAACCAAUUCGUCCUCCGCCUCCGACCGAUAGACCUAGGUUCGAUUCGCAGGGUGACAUCUCAAUGACUGGAACGACUCCAAGCGCUACCGCCUCGCCCAUGAUCAGUCAGCACUCAACUCAACCAUCAUACACGCAAUCUUUUGCACAAGCUCGCCCGUCUGCCUCCCCAGCACCACCUCAGCAUACUCAUUCAUACAGCUCGCACGGAACUGCGCCAGUUGUACCCCCAACUCCAUCAUAUCAAGCAAGCACUUAUAACCAUCAUACUACCACAACUCCAACCGCUACACAUCACCACUCAAACCCACUAGCCAACUAUCAAAGUUAUCACAGCAGCAGUACACCACGCGUUGGUGGCGCUAGUUCAAAUUCACAUGUCUCGCAUGGUAACGCAUAUAAUCCACCACGCGCCAUUGAAGUCUACACACUACCUGAUGCUGCCAAUUCCUCUAUCCCAGCCGAUGUUCGAUCGCAAUUUCACACAGACGAAUUUGGUAGGAUCAUUUUCUACACCUCACCACCCAUGGAUUACAAUCCAAUUCCGGAUGAGUCGCAAGGUCUAGGACAUAGCUUGAAGUAUCUAGCCAAUAAAGUGCGACGUAAGGAAGAGCUGGAGAAGAAACGCAAAAACCGUGAAGUCGAGCUGGAAAUCGAAGCUAAGGAAAGAUUGAAGCGUACGAAAGCUGAGGCCGAAGUUAGAAAGCAAGCUGUACUUGAUACUCAAGUUAAGUCUAUCAAAAUCUGGACCGAAAAUUUGGAGAAGGGUACGGGGGUGCUCUCUAAACAGUUAAAUAAUGGGCUUUAAGGGGAAGUUGAUGGCCUUGGGGUGCGAACGAAUUCCGCGAAUCGUUGAACACAAAUUAUGGUUCUGAUCAUGCGAGUGAUGUACAGAAACGGGAGGUACCACGGAAAACAUUACAGACAAGUAUUGUAAUGAGGCUAGAGAAAGACACUAAAAAAGCUCAGACUUUGAAUGUGAAGUCAGAAGAACGAGGAGAUGAGGGACACUAGGACAAACAAAGAGUGGCGUUUGUGACAUGAAGAUACAAGCUUUCACUGGCGAAUAAAUGAAUGAUAGUUGUUUGGCGGGGUGUUUUGGCGUUAGUCGAUUGAGAGCAUUGAUUCAAACGAACGCGGUUUCUCAAAUUGUUCAUACCCAGAGGAGCUUUCAUGGAAUUGCUUCGUUAGAGCGGGAU